CGAAGAGACGCCAACGCGGUUCGCGUGGCAUUUCGAGCAUCUUCAGUGAGUGCGUGAGAAGGAAAGCUUCGGACGACAUCGGAAGGUCACUUUGAGCGUGCCAUUUGGCGUGGUGCGCGUAAGUAGACUGUAAGUGGCAUUGCAUUUGGAGCCGCUCAAUCUCGUGACACUCACAUGCUUUCAUAUGCACGGCAUGGAGGUGAAGGCCGCGUUGCUGGUGUGAGCGCGCGAUGAGUGUUGGUCUGAGGCAGCCGCGCCGCGCCGCGCCGCGCCGCGCCUCACUUUGUGGCUCAGCAAGAGCGAUUUGUUGGCGUCAGGCUGGCAGCGGCAUUCCCAUCUCACUUUCAACCAGAACACUUCCGCUUCCACACACUCGACCUCUGCGAUCAAACAUCAUGCUCGUCGAGUCACAACAACAUCGCCGCCCCCGGAAUCAUCAGUAACAUGGCUAACUCGGUGGUCUGCCCCUUCUGUGGCUCGUUCACAAGCACCGACUACGACGUUCAACUACACAUCGAAGAAUACCACACGGAGCAUUCUCCAUUCGUUGUUCAAGAUGGAGAAGCUUCCAGGCCGUCAAGCUCAACAGAUGCUUCUCGAGGCAGUCGCACCAGCGACUCGAUGCCCGGAGACACGUGGACAAAGUGUGCGAGGCCUGGAUGUGGCGAGCAUGUUCUGCUGUCAGAAGUUGAUGAACACCUGAGCUUCCAUGCAGUGGCCGCCUUGUCCGAGCAAGAGGCCGAGGGACUGCGACCUCCAUUACCUCCUCGAAGAAGUCCGGGCAGAUCUCGAAGUCCUCCACGCAGAACGAUGGGCAACAGAUUGUCUGCCGAACAUGCCGCCAAUCCAUCACGUAGUCCGCGCAAAGUCACGAGUCGUCCAAUGCCUGGCCGAGCUAGCCCAGAACCACGCAGUCACUCCCGUACAGCUAGCAUUCUCAGCUAUUUCUCCGGCACAUCCACUCACACUUCACGAGCCAAGUCAAGCGUUCAUAAGCUUCAGGACCCAGACAACCCAAUUAGACUCGGCAAGCGAGAGCUUGGUCCUUAUGCGUUCGAAAAGAGCAUGCCCUCUCAAAAUGAGACAGCAGGACUCAUUCCACUUAUUGCAGACCUGUGUACACUCGACUCAAACACAACAGCGGCAUACCUCUGUCAUCCAUGCACAAAGCACAUCCGGAAGAUUCGUUGCGACGGCAACUUUUGCGGCUACUGGAACAUUCAGGUCGCCAUGACAUACAUCCAGCACAUGAACCCGACUGGUCCUCAGGAGUUGCCCGAUGUCAUGAGAAUUCAAGAUACUAUCGAGCAAGCUUGGGACAACGGCAAAUGUCCAUACGGACGGCUCGAGACCGGUGGUAUACGCAAUACUCGGAAGUGGAUCGGUACAAAUGAAGCGCUUGCUUUCUUCCAGCAGAUCAAUAUCAGAGUCGAGGCACUAUCAUUCAAGGACUCAGACGAAGAUGAUGGAAGUAGUGCCGUGGAAGGGCUUCUAGACUAUGUCGAAGCCUACUUCAUGAGCGGUAUCGACACCGCUGAAAGCAAUCGCAAUGCCCAUAUUACAACCUUGGCCCCGAUCUACUUCCAACGCUUCGGCCAUUCCAUGAGCAUAGUCGGGAUCGAAAGACGGAAAGAUGGCUCCCGGAACCUACUCAUGUUCGACUCGUCCUUCGGCACAUCGCUACCAGUACAGAGACUGCUUGCCGAUCGUAAUGCACGCGUGUCAGUUGAGAACGCCUUGAGAGCAUACAGAAGAUCAGAUCUGUCUCUAACUCGAUGGGACGAGUUCGAAAUACUUGUGCCACAUCCUGGUCCUGUCAGUAGGUCUAGACAGCUCGGGUCGGACAAUAAGAGGCGGGCAUACGUUUCGAAAGCAGAGGAUGAAUGAGCAAUAUCUCCGCCCAAGGUUUCUCACAGCAAGCCGUGCUUACCUAUUCUGGGUGUCUACAUUCAUGCGGAUUUUCUCAGGGCUUGGUGCUUCACUAAAUGCUGAAGCAUGGCAACUAGAAGUAGAUGCUUCAAUGCGUGAUAGAGUGAAGUGACAAUCGGCUUCCGAAAGGC